CGGAGAAGUGAGCGAUGGUGCCCAGAACGGUUGGGCAAUCGAAUGCUAGGAACUUUACGCGGCUACUGACGAAAAGGGCAGUGUCAUUCUCGGCUUCGAGCCGAUCCACCGUGGAAUCGGCUUCCGGUGACGGAGAACUCCGGCUGUUCAUUGUUGCCGGGGAGGUUUCCGGCGACUCCAUUGCUUCUCGUGUUAUGGUCUCAAUCAAAAAGCUCUCUCCUCUCCCAGUUCGCUUUGCUGGCGUUGGAGGGCAUAUGAUGUCAAAGCAAGGGUUAACCUCUGUCUUUCCAAUGGAGGAUAUAGCAGUGAUGGGUAUUUGGGAGUUACUGCCACAUCUUAAUCACUUCGAUUGGAAGAAGCCGUGCAGGCUGCUCUUAGAUUUCGGCCUCAUGCUGUAUUAACAGUAGAUGCAAAGGGAUUCUCCUUCCGUUUCCUAAAACACUUGCGGGCUAAGUACAGGAAACAACAAGGGACGCUCGGCCCUUUGCAUUUUCAUUAUGUUGCACCAUCAUUCUGGGCAUGGAAAGGCGGUGAAGGUAGAUUGGGUGGACUGGCUGAAUUUGUGGACCACGUCUUGUGUAUCCUUCCCUUUGAGGCUGAAGUGUGUAGAUCAAAUGGUUUAGCUGCAACUUUUGUAGGCCACCCCACACUUGACGAUAUGUUUGAGUUUGAGGGGAGAGAUUCCACAGAAUAUGGGUGGAAAGUUAAGGGGAAUGCAGAAAAGUUUAGGAGUGACCAUGGAAUAUCUACAGGAUCCAAAGUCAUUUCCUUGCUUCCUGGAAGCAGAUUGCAAGAGGUCACUAGAAUGCUUCCCAUCUUCAGUGACACCAUGAAUCAACUACAAGAUUCCUUUCCGGAGUUGGUUACUGCUAUCCUGGUCGCACCUAAUUCACAUGUGGAGAAUUUCAUAAGCGAAACUACCCGUGACUGGCUGACAUCUGUUGUAUUGGUUCCAGGAGGGUCACCGCAGAUGAAGUACGACUCUUUCAGUGGUAGCAAUGUAGCGCUAUGCACUUCCGGGACGGUGGCAAUGGAGUUGCAGCUAGCACGCCUACCCUGUGUUGUUGCCUAUCGAGCACACCUCCUAACAGAAUUGUUCAUACGUUACAAAGCUAAAGUGUCCUACAUUUCUCUUCCUAACAUCCUGUUAGAUUCAGCUAUUAUACCAGAAGCUUUGUUUAAUGAUUGUACUCCUUCAAGAUUGGCAACAUUGCUCAGGAAUUUGGUUCUUGAUGAAAGCCUUCGACAAAAGCAGAUGAUUGGUGCGGAUAAGGUGAUUGGAUUACUUAAGCUGCCCGAACUAAUAAACGGCAGCUCGACACAACUGAUUGGUUAUACAGCUAGUAUGGUUGCAGCUUCUACCAUUCUCUUUUCCAGAAGGACAUGAUUGCCCUUGAGUUAUUGGGAGGUGUGAUGACAUCACCAUCUUAAUUAAAAGGUUAUCAAAUUUGCACUUGUCAUGGAAAUUUUUAUAAGCUUCACCUUUUUAGAUUUGCAUAUUCCAUCUUACGGACAUAACAAUGAUACUCUUAUGAAAAUCACCUUCAGGUGAGAUUUUGUUUGACCAAAGAAUGAUACAAGACAUUUUAGGGAGACACGUGGGUCGUGGUGUCAAACUCCACGAACUUUCAGAUGUGCUUGUAGAUGCAUCAUUAGCUUUAGACGACUUGUUGUGUAUGGUUGAUCAUUUUAAAAAUAUGUUGCAAGUUGCAGAUCAACCUUUACAGGAAGGUUGUCAUUAAAGGCCACAAUUGCAUUGUGGGUGACGUGAUGAGCAUAGAAUAUGAUUUUAAUGUAUCACAAUAUGAAAUGAAUGGGUGACUGAAAUUAUUUAGUCAAUACUUACCUCGUGACAACAAUGUC